AUGCCUUAUCCUCAUCUCCCUUUUCUAAUACUAACAGUCAGGACUAAGAGAACUAAGAAGGUCGGAAUCACUGGUAAGUUCGGUGUCAGAUACGGUUCUUCCUUGAGAAGACAGACCAAGAAGAUGGAGGUCCAGCAGCACGCCAAGUACGACUGUUCCUUCUGUGGUAAGAGAACUGUCCAGAGAGGUGCUACCGGUAUUUGGACCUGUAGAGCAUGCAGAAAGACUGUUGCUGGUGGUGCUUACACUGUGUCCACCGCCGCUGCUGCCACUGUCAGAUCCACCAUCCGUCGUUUGAGAGACUUGGCUGAGGCUUAA